AGGAAGAGAGGUAAAGGCAGCAGCUCGCCUGCCUCUGAUACAAAAAGACUACAGGAAACACACACACACACACAUACUGUGGAAUAUCUCACACACUACCUGCUUGUGUAUGAAUGAGUUUUAGUUUUGUGGAAAAUGGUGGGACUGUCAUCCACUACUGUUGAGGCGAUGGAGGUGCUGGUGAACGAGCUGGGAGCUCUGCUGAAGAUGCUGGACCAGGAGAACCUCAGCUCCUCCACCCAGGAGAAGAAGACGUCUGUGUGGAACCUCCUGCAGCAGAUCCAGCCAUCAGUGCCAGGGAGAGACUACAUCUACAUGAACUCGGCAGUUUACAGAAAUGGCACCAGCUUUGUCGAGUCCCUCUUUGAGACCUUUGACUGCGAGCUGGGAGACCUGAAGGAUGUUGAAGACGAUAUAAAAGAAGACACGAACACCCAAACCGCCACUUUAAAACAGGCAAGUUGCCAAAACACACCAACCUCGACAGACUCCCCGGCCCCGCGCUCAGCUGACUCUCCUCCCCCUUUGCCCACAACGCCUCCUCCUGAGGAGUAUUAUGAGGAGGCCGUACCUCUGAGUCCUGGAACGAUGCCGGAGUACAUCAUCACACGAGUCCGGUCCAGCCCUCCUAACUCUAUAGAAGAUGGGUAUGAAGAUGCUGAAAAUAACUACCCCACUACCUGCAUAAAUUCACACCGUAAAAACUCCUACAAUGAUUCUGACGCACUGAGCAGUUCAUAUGAGUCGUAUGAGGAGGACGAGGAGGAGAGGAGCCCCGGCGUCCGACUCACUCAUCAGUGGCCCUCAGACGAGAGCUCCAUGCCUCCUGCCAGAGACUGUCGCAUCUGUGCCUUCCUGCUGCGCAAGAAACGCUUCGGCCAGUGGGCCAAACAGUUCACAGUUAUAAGAGAGAACAGACUACAGUGCUAUAAGAGUUCUAAAGACACAUGUCCCUAUGUGGACCUGCUGCUGCCCCAGUGCACUGUGGUCUAUGCACCCAAAGACAGCAAGAGGAAGCACCACGAGCUCCGCUUCACUUUGCCUAAUGGCGAUGCUCUGGUGCUGGCGGUACAAAGUAAGGAGCAGGCCCACAGAUGGCUGAGGGUUGUUAGAGAGGUGUGUGGUCAGAGCGCAGGCCCUGAGGAAUCCGUGUCUCCCGUCGCUCCAAGAAAAACUGAACUUGACAAGAGGUUAUCUGCAGAGAGGAACACGUCAGACUCUGACAGUGUGGGUGUGUCGGCUGGAGACAACUGCAGGGAGAACGGCAAGGUCAAACGAGGGGCUUUGGCUGCAGGCCGUAAAAUCACACGCAUCAUCAGCUUUUCCAAGAAGAAGCCCCCGCGGCCAGGUGAUCCCCGGACGUCCUUCAGCGACCCACGACAAGGCUACCUGUCAGUGCUGGUGAACCAGGUGUGGCGGGAGCAGUGGUGCUGUGUGUGCAGAGGGUUUCUGCUCUUCUACCAUGACAAAGGAGACACUCGAACCUCGCUGCCAUCACUUCCUCUGCAGACCUGUGAGGUGUUGCCGGGACUUGGACCCAAACACCCAUUCGCGUUCCGCAUCGUGCGCAGCAGCACAGCGGUGGCUGCACUGGAGGCGAGCAGCUCUGAGGAACUUGGACGGUGGCUGGGCGUCCUCUUGGCAGAAACGGGCUCUGCGACAGACCCAGAGUCCCUGCAUUACGACUACGUUGACGUGGAAACCAUUGCUAACAUCCGCAACGCUGCGCGCAAUUCCUUCCUAUGGGCCACCUCGUCCAGCAGUGUCUCUACAGACUGCAGAACAUAUGACGAGGUCCCUCAUGAGGAAAUGCAGUCAGGGGAGAACCGCAGGCAGCAGUCUGGGAAUCAAGGGAAGCGCCGCUCAAGUUUCUCAAGCAGCGACUCUGACAAAACCAAACCACUAGUAUCCCUCAAACGAAGUGGCUCAAACGGCAACCAGUAUGGAAGGUAUGGGAAAACACGAGCGGAGGAGGACGCCAAACGUUACCUGAAAGAGAAAGAAGAGCUGGAGCGGGAGAGAGAUGGGAUACGGAAUGCACUGGUGACUGUUCGACAGGAGAAGAGAGAGCUGAAGGAAGAGCUGAAGACAGCCUCUGAGAAGAGAAAGAGCUCCCUGAACAAGCGUUUGUCCCAUCUGGAGGAAGUCUGUCGAGCUAAGGAGGCAGAGAGGGUAGACCUGGAGUUGCGACUGACUCAGGCCAAGGAAAACCUCAAGAAGAGUCAGGCAGGUGGAGCACUGGGUGCACCAGUCGAGGCUAAACCACCAUUUAAGGCCACCAGCAAAAAGAAUCAGUACAGUGAGACAUUACCGGUGAACUGUGCAUCAGAAAUGCGUAGGAGGCCUCCAUCUGUUUAUGCUUCCUCUGGAACUGUCAUGCAGAAAGCAAAGGAAUGGGAGUCAAAGAGAGGAACCUAGGACCUGUAAUCUGACCUGUAAUCCCACUAAGGACAUCAACAUUCCCUAAACGCAGAAACAAACUGUAAUGAAAGAAAUCAGCCACUAGGCGGAGGUACAUCUCACUGAAUAUUUACCCUUGUGUUUCCUUAAGAGGACUUUUUCCAAAUGUGAGGACUUUAAGGAUGUCACAACAUCUGUAUCUAAUUGUUGUCCUUGUCUGUGGAGAUGCAGAUUCAAGGAAUCUUGCGAGUGUGAAAGAGAGACACAGGACAAGUGUUUGAAAAAGCAGUCGUGAUAGAAAGGCAGCACAGAAUUGUGCUGAAUUGUGAAUGUGCCAUACAUGUGAUGUAUGUGUUGGAGACUAGGAGGAAAGGAGGGAGGAGCCAUAAUGUGCCUUUUAUUUGUCAUGAUGUUUUUUUGUUCUGCCUGUUCAUACUGAGCCAUGACUACUGUUAUGUAUACUUUAUACUUUUAUACUGUUCUUUUCUCUUCAUAUUCAGCUCAGUGCCAUAGAUUGAUGGGUUGAGAGUGUAACUACUUUAUUGACUGCACUCACCAGCUUCUUCUCAGGUUGAAGCUGUGCUUUUCUGCUGAAUUAUUUGGUUGGAACAAAACCUUCCAUCCUCUUGGCCAUCUUUUUGAAACCAUCUUUCCGAAUGAGAAAAUCUAUUUCAUUAACCAACGUCUUUGCUGAACCUGUGGUUGUCUUUUGCACUUUAUUGUUCCUCUACCUAAAUAAGGUGUGGAAAUGUCUCGUUUCCCAUACAUGUGUUCAUCUUUUGUCACCCGUUACAAUAGAAAUACAUCAUUUCUUCCUCAUUAAAAAGCACCAACACGUUA